CCCGCGAGCCGGAGCCCCACCGCCCCGCCACCGAGGUUCCUGCCUGAAGAUCCGCUGGGCACUACCUUCUGCCUGCUUCGCCUUCCCACAGCAGCCCCCAUCACCAUGCAUUCUUUGGACGAACCGCUCGACCUGAAGCUGAGCAUCACCAAGCUCCGGGCGGCGAGAGAGAAGCGGGAAAGGACACUAGGUGUGGUCCGGCACCGUGCCCUGCACAGGGAGCUAGGCCUAGUGGAUGACAGCCCUACACCUGGCUCCCCGGACUCCCCACCCUCAGGCUUUCUGCUGAACCCCAAGUUCCCAGAGAAGAUAGAUGGACGCUUUUCUUCGGCCCCUCUGGUAGACCUCAGCUUGUCACCACCAUCUGGACUGGACUCACCUAAUGGCAGCAGCUCACUGUCCCCUGAGCGCCAGGGCAACGGGGAUCUGCCUCCAGUGCCCUCUGCCCCGGACUUCCAGCCACUACGCUAUUUGGAUGGUGUUCCUAGCUCCUUCCAGUUCUUCCUGCCCCUGGGCUCUGGGGGGGCCCUGCACCUGCCCACUUCCUCCUUCCUCACCCCACCCAAGGACAAGUGCCUCUCGCCAGAGCUGCCCCUGCCCAAGCAGCUGGUGUGUCGCUGGGCCAAGUGUAACCAGCUCUUUGAGCUCCUGCAAGACCUGGUGGACCAUGUCAACGACUACCACGUCAAGCCUGAGAAGGAUGCGGGGUACUGCUGCCACUGGGAGGGCUGUGCUCGUCAUGGCCGGGGCUUCAACGCCAGGUACAAAAUGCUCAUCCACAUCCGCACGCACACCAAUGAGAAGCCGCACCGCUGCCCUACCUGCAACAAAAGCUUCUCCCGCCUGGAGAACCUGAAGAUCCAUAACCGGUCCCACACAGGUGAGAAGCCCUAUGUCUGCCCCUACGAGGGCUGCAACAAGCGCUACUCCAACUCGAGUGACCGCUUCAAGCACACUCGCACCCACUACGUGGACAAGCCCUACUACUGCAAGAUGCCUGGCUGCCACAAGCGCUACACGGACCCCAGCUCUCUGCGCAAGCACAUCAAGGCCCACGGGCACUUUGUCUCCCAUGAGCAGCAGGAACUCCUGCAGCUGCGCCCACCUCCCAAACCGCCACUGCCUGCCCCUGAUGGCAGCCCCUAUGUCAGUGGGGCCCAGAUCAUCAUCCCCAACCCUGCUGCACUGUUUGGAGGCCCCAGCCUGCCUGGUCUGCCCCUGCCUCUGCCCCCUGGCCCCCUUGACCUCAGUGCCCUGGCCUGUGGCAAUGGGGGUGGUAUUGGAGGAGGGGGUAGCAUAGGUCCAGGGCUGCCAGGCCCUGUCCUGCCCCUCAACCUAGCCAAGAAUCCGCUCUUGCCCUCACCCUUUGGGGCUGGUGGACUGGGCCUGCCUGUGGUCUCCCUCCUCGCUGGCUCCGCUGGCGGCAAGGCUGAGGGGGAGAAGGGGCGUGGGUCAGUGCCCUCCAAGGCCCUGGGCACAGAGGGCCGCAAGACUCCCCUUGAAAGGACAGAGAGCAGCCGCUCUCGGCCAAGCCCAGAUGGACUCCCCUUGCUGCCAGGCACUGUGCUAGAUCUGUCCACGGGUGUCAACUCAGCGGCCAGCAGUCCAGAGGCACUAACCCCCGGCUGGGUGGUCAUUCCACCAGGCUCUGUGCUGCUCAAACCAGCUGUGGUGAACUGAACCACCUACCUACCAGCUACAGCAACCCAGCCAGCAGCUGUGGGCCCCAUCCCUGACGAACAGAAACUCUUCUGCGAAUAGCAAUAAUCUCCUACUGCCAUGGGGACUGGGCGUCUGUGCUCCCCUGGCAACUGCAGCCCCAGAUGACUUGGGCAGCAAGGAUGGUGCUAGAAGGUCAUUGCUGGCUUCCCGGCUUCUGAGUGAGACUUGGCUUGGAGAGCUGUGCUUCUGGGUGCUAAGGCCUCACUCACUCCCAUCUCCCUGCCCCGUAACUUCUGUAAGGUCCUCUGUCCUCCACCAGACCCUCAGUCUUGCUUGGCAUCCUGCCUUGGAGCCUCCCCCAUCUAUGGCUAACCUGGGCAGGCUGCCCUCCUUCCCUCCCUACUUUCCUCAUGUGAUCCCCAGGGAUCAGAGGCUCUACCCCCUUCCCCUUGCCUAGGUUUGUCUAGCCUCUUUUCUGAGGCUACUUAGACCCUCUUCCUUCUGACCCACCUGCAAGUUAUGCAGGUCUUGGCUAAACUACAGGAAGAAGUGUGUUCACCCUGGCUACCCCUAUGACAAGGUGCCUCCCUACUUGGUGAAGUGAGGUCCCGCUCUGUCAGCUGCCCCCAUCCCUCAUCCAUUCUGAAUCAGAGCACUGCUGGAGGAUCAGCAACACUGCAAAGCAAAGGGAUGGCUGACCAGUCACCUGCCCCUCCAACCAUGGGAAUGUGUAGUAGAGACCCAAAAGAUCCCUGUGCUAUGAACAGGUGCCAGAUAGGCAGCCCUGGUGCUAGGAUUCUCAAGUGACCCAGGCCUCUGGUCCAGCCCAGGCUCAGGGAAUAGGGAGAGUUGGGUUCGGACCAAACUCUAUCCUCCUUACUCCAGCUGGGUCCAACCUGGUUAGUACCACCUUACAGAGGCCUGUAAGGGCAUCAGUCUUGCCCAGGAGGUGGGAGAUUGGCUGGGGAUGUCCCAGGCUGUUGGGCAGCUCCUGGCAUAGGGCUAACCAGGUCACAGCAUUUUGGGAGGGCCUAGGCUGUGGACUGAAGGCCCUGAGCUUGGCGGGAUGAAGGGAGGCAGGGCAGGGAGGGGACACAGCCACUCUGCUUGGAAAAAGCUGGCUGGAGGAAGGAACCUGAACUUGUGACAAGGUUACUUCUGGCUUUUCCCAGCUGAGCCCUUCUAGAAGCAUGUUUCCUUCACCCCCACUCCCAGCCAACUCCCCCAGGGCCUAUGCUACUCAGAACAGGGACUAGUUCUUUUGCUAGAGCCAGAAUAAGCCAAGGACGCUGGAGACCUACAUGCUCCACAGCCCCACCACGAAAUCCCAGGAAACUGGGCUCUCCACCCAAGCCCUACCCCUCCACCCCACCCCUAGGCCUCUCACUGCUCCCUUCUCUGCCAGCAGCUUCUAGGCCAGCUGUCACUAGGCUGCAGCCCCCUCCACCCCAUCUCCCCAUCUGUAGAACAAACGGGCUAUCAGAUGGCAGCAGGGUCUUUGGCCCUACAGUUCCUCUGAGCAGCUCUGCUGACCCCCACCCUUUCCUGGACUGCCCUUCUGUCAAAGAGGGGUGACCUUGACUCUGACCUGGCCCACCCUGCUGCUGGGUUCAGGACCCUGGCCCUGACAGGACCCAGCUGUGCUGGCUCUGCCCCUUGAAGGGGCUGUGAGCAAGGUAGAAGGGAGCUGGUCUCCUUUCUUUGGGCCCACCCAGGACCCAAGCACCCCACCCCUUGCCCCAUUAGGGCCCUAGGCCUUAAGUCCCUGGCUUGGGGGUUUUGGGUUUGAGACUCAAGCCCAGGAGCAGAGGAACAGGGCACUGGAAAGUGACAUUAGCUCAGCAUGUGACUUGGUGAUAGACCAGGCUUAGAAGGGCCGGUAUACUUGUUGUCAGUUUGUUCUUGCACAUUCCAGGAUGUCAGUAUUUUAACAGGUUCUAAGUGCCUUUCUAUUGUAGCUUAUGUUUUUCCUCCUCUUGGCUCCAUUGCUGUUAGCAUAGAAUUUUUAAAGAAAGAGAUAAGCUAAUGACUAUAACAAUAUAUUCCUCCAUGUGAGAGGAAAUUUAUAAAGAAACAAUAAAAGUUGAGUUGCAAAGAUGGUUUCUGUGUGGUGGACAUGCCAGAAGCUGGGCUGCCUUACCUUAGGCUACCCCUCCCUAUGCCUGGCACCUAAAGGUCCUGAUCCAGGACUUUUCUCCUCAGCCCUGCGGGGAACUGAAAGAGGAUGGGAAGGGUAGGUACGGAGGGGAGCGAGUGGAGAUGAAGAUUCUGGACCAAGCAUCAGAAAGUUCAGGUCUGAGAUCAGCCGCUGCCUGCUGUGUCUGGUGAGUGUACCUGGGUUCAGUUAAAGGCUGACCAAGGCUUCUCCCAGCUGCACACAGGAGCCUUCUGCUCAGCUCACCAAGAUGCCAGAUCCAAUUCCAUCCAGGGAGCUCUGGAGCUAGGGACCCUUCACCCUGAGGGAGGGCAGGGGCAGACCUGCAAGUUUCUGGCAUUUCUGUCCAGCAGGACACACAGGAAGGAGCAGGAGCAGCUGUGUGACAAACCCCAGCACAGGGUUGCUCACCAACCCA